UUUGCGUCGCCCACGGUGUUCACUUGAAUUCCAUUGCCGUCCAUUAAAACAUCCGACUUGGAAAAUACAACAUUAAAGUGGCCGCGCGAUUAACAUCACGGUGUGACUUCGGCGUCGGCACACGGAUACGAGCUCUAUUUCAGGAGUAAGGAUUAAAUCUCGUGAAGAACUGCCGUAUGUGUAAGGCACGCAUCUUGAGCGGUGCCUGCAUAGCCGAACAAAACGGAACAAUUGGGGGAUAAAAAUCAAUUUGUGUCCGUUUUGCUCGGCGGAACGCGAUUCCCAUCGCUGAUUCUACGCCGCGGUUCGGAUGUGAUUACACUGUCAUGGGUCCGGCCGGCUGCUCCCACGUGAACAGCUUUAAAGUGGAGAACUGGAAACAGAACCUGCGUGUCAUUUACCAGUGCUUUGUGUGGAGCGGCUCGGCCGAAACCAGGAAACGCAAGGCGAAGUCAUGUAUAUGUCACAUGUGUGGGGCUCAUCUGAACCGACUCCACUCGUGUCUCCACUGCGUCUUCUUCGGCUGCUUCACAAAGAAACACAUCCACGAGCACGCCAAAACCAAGAGACACAAUUUAGCUAUAGACCUGUUGUAUGGAGGAAUAUACUGUUUUGUGUGCCAAGACUACAUAUACGAUAAAGAUAUGGAACAGAUUGCCAAAGAAGAACAAAGGAAAGCAUGGAAAUUGCAAGGCAUCGGAGAGAAAUAUUCAACGUGGGAACCAACAAAGCGAGAACUGGAGCUGCUUCGACACAACCCUAAACGACGGAAGAUAACUGCAAACUGCACCAUAGGUCUGAGGGGUUUGAUAAACCUAGGCAACACGUGCUUUAUGAACUGCAUUGUCCAGGCUCUGACUCACACCCCGCUGCUGAGGGACUUCUUCCUGUCCGACAGACACAAGUGCGAGAUGCAGGCUAACUCCUGCCUUGUGUGUGAGAUGUCCCAGCUUUUUCAGGAGUUCUACUCGGGCCAUCGCUCUCCCCACAUUCCCUUUCGGCUGCUGCACCUGGUGUGGACACACGCACGUCACCUGGCUGGCUAUGAGCAGCAAGAUGCACACGAGUUCCUCAUCGCAGCACUGGACGUGCUACAUCGCCACUGCAAAGGGGAUGACAACGGGAAGAAGGCCAACAACCCGAAUCAUUGCAACUGCAUCAUUGAUCAAAUCUUUACCGGAGGCUUGCAGUCAGACGUCACAUGUCAAGUCUGCCAUGGUGUUUCAACAACAAUAGACCCGUUCUGGGACAUCAGUUUAGACCUUCCAGGUUCGUCCACUCCGUUCUGGCCACUUAGUCCUGGCUCUGAUGGGAGCGUAGUGAACGGAGAGAGCCAUCCAAGUGGAGCUACCACACUAACUGACUGCUUACGCAGGUUCACACGACCCGAGCACUUGGGGAGCAGUGCCAAAAUCAAAUGCAGUGGUUGCCAUAGUUACCAGGAGUCCACCAAGCAGCUGACAAUGAAGAGGCUCCCCAUUGUGGCAUGUUUUCACCUCAAGAGGUUUGAGCAUUCCGCAAAGCUCCGAAGGAAAAUCACCACGUACGUCUCGUUUCCAUUAGAGCUUGAUAUGACUCCCUUCAUGGCCUCCAGUAAAGAGAGCCGGAUGAAUGGACAGUACCAGCAGCCUGUAGAUUCAUUAAACAAUGAUAAUAAGUAUUCUCUCUUCGCUGUAGUGAAUCAUCAGGGCACACUGGAAAGCGGCCAUUACACCACGUUCAUCCGCCAGCAUAAGGACCAAUGGUUUAAAUGUGAUGAUGCCAUCAUCACUAAAGCCAGCAUUAAAGACGUGCUAGACAGUGAAGGGUAUCUGCUAUUUUAUCAUAAACAGUUCCUUGAGUACGAGUAACCUCUAAAAGCAGAUGCUGAAGACCGACACCUAAAGAGAAGGACCAUAAGCAUGAACGGAAUGGUGAAAGAAAACCAGACAAGUAAUGAAGGCAGUGAGUCUCACAUGAGUACAGCUGGGAGUGGCAGAAACGAGAAGAAAAUGCAUAACUACCAUAAUUAUUCCUAGCAUAAAAUAAAAGUGAAAACCAAAUGCAUAGCUAACUAGCUGAGUCAGUCCACUCUGAGCUAAUAAGAUCUACUUGACGAAAGUUAGAAAUAGAAGAUGGAGCUGCAUGUGUGUUUCCACAAGAACGGAGAGGACGGAAGGGCAGCGGCUGUUCCUCUUGUUCAGCCUCAGUUUUAUGCCUUUUCCACACAUUUGAUUCCUUCAUCUUCAGUCCACAAUCCUGUUUCCUUGUGACCUCAGAAUGACCAAGCAUUUCAAAUACCACAGCCAGUGAGGAAAGAAGUUUUUGUUUAGCGCGUUUCUUUUUAUGCAUUAUUAGCCUGAAUGCAAAUGAAAGAAAACUAUAUGGUACUAAAGGUUUUGUGGAAAUUGUUGAUAGUUUUUAUCCUCUGUGAAUUCAGUUUCAAAAUACUGUAUACCUGUAAGUCCUGCACAAACCCCCCCCCCCCAAAUUUGGCUGUGUGAAGUGAUGGAUGAAAAGCGGUGGAGAGGGAAUAAGGUUGACACAUUGUACACAUCAGUUCUCCUGAUUCUUUUGCUCACACUGCAUCUUUUUUUUUUCUUCCUUUUUUUGAUUGAGGGCAGGGAAAUAUUGUGUGAGUGAGAACAUACAUCUAUUUUUAUAAGACAUUGAACUCCUGUUUGAGAUACUUUCCCCAUCCACAUCCUUGUCUUUCUCAUUUCUGCUGUUUUAUUUUUCAGGAAAUGCAGCUAUGUCUUUUUUUUUUUUUAAACUGAAAAUUUAAUUUAGUCGUUUGUGAAAUGUUGCAAGUUUGGAUGGCAAAGGCUUCUCGUCAAGAUUUGUGUGAUGCAUUAUGGACAUAGAAUGUUCUCAUAUGGUGCGUCCUGACAUGGCUUGAUUCAGCAGUGUUAGCCCUGCCACAUGUUGCUUGGAUUUUGUGCGUACCUGUGUGUGCCUGAUGCAUCUAUGCAGUGUGUGUGUGUGUGUGCGUGCGCGCACGCGUGCGUGUGUGCUCGUGUCAUUGUGUGUAUAUACGUGUGUGUGUGUGUGUGUGCGCGCAUACUGAAUCAGUACUGAAACUUGGCAUGCUGUCUAAACUGGAUUGUAAAAGACUUUGGGAGAGGAGUGAAUUUUUAUAAAUGUUAAUCAUGUAUGUAUGUAUAGUAUGUACGUAUGUAUCAUAUGUAUGUAUAUAAAACGGAUAAAUGAAAA